AUGGACACGCGGCGGGACGUGAAGCCCUUCUUGGCCCCGGUCACCAGCCACAACCAGCGAGGCGUCCCCGGGUUCGGCGUCUGCCAGGCGGCGCCGACGCCGCUGGGCCGCGGCGCGCGCGUCUCCGCGGCCCCGCAGCAGGCCGCCUGCGUCGUCAACCGGGCCGCCUCCCUCGAGCCGGAAGGCGGCUGCAGCCGCGACGCCGAGGCGGCGGGCGCUCCGGCUCGCCGCCCCGCUCCUCCUCCUCCUCCUCUCCUCGCCGCGCGGGUCAGCAGGAAGUUCUGGACCGCCGGCGACUACGACGCGGCCGGCGGGAGCCCCGCGCAACCGCCUCGAAGUAAGCACGCCGCAAUGUCCCGGUUCUUUCCUGCCAAUUUCGCAGUUUCGCAUGCUUUCUCACCGUUCCUUCUUCUUGCUCGCCCUCCCUUGGCAGAUGUGGGGAGCCGAAUGUGCGUCCACCCGAAAUUCCUCCACUCGAACGCGACCUCGCACAAAUGGCCAUUUGGAGCCGUUGCAGAGUUGCUGGAUAACGCGGUCGACGAGAUCAAAACUGGUGCUACUAGAAUCGUGGUGGACAAAAUCGUUAACAAGCGAAACGGGUCGCCAGCUUUGCUUGUUCAAGAUGAUGGCGGAGGCAUGGACCCCGAUUCCAUGAGGCGUUGCAUGAGCUUUGGAUUUUCCGACAAGCAAUCAGGUUCUUCAAUUGGACAAUAUGGCAACGGUUUCAAGACUAGCACAAUGCGGCUAGGGGCAGACGCUAUCGUCUUCAGUCGUUGCAUGAAGGGCAGUGGACCUACACAAUCGGUUGGUCUUCUCUCCUACACCUUCUUGGCGGAAACCGGUCAAAAGGAUGUCGUAGUUCCCAUGGUGGACUACAAGUACGAUUUAUUGACAGGGGACGCUAUACAGUAUGAGCGACAUGGUGCAGAUCAGUUCUGCUCAAAUCUGUCCGUGUUAUUAAAAUGGUCCCCUUUUGCAACAGAAGAAGAUCUGAUGGGCAAUUUCAGUGACAUUGGUCCACAUGGCACAAAGAUUAUAGUCUUCAAUUUGUGGUCUAAUGACGAUGGUGUUCUGGAGCUCGAUUUUGACACCAAGGAGGAAGAUAUUAUGAUUAGUGGUGCGCCAAAUCCAGCAGAAACAACUAAUGCUGUCAAAAGAACGAACGAAAACCAUCUGUCAAAUCAACUGCGCUAUUCUCUUAGGGUGUAUGCUUCUGUCUUAUAUUUGCAGCUGCCCGGGUACUUCAAGAUCAUACUUCGGGGACAAGAAGUUCAGCGCCACAGCAUUGCGACUGACCUCAUAUACCGUCAAGCUGUUUCUUAUACACCCCUAGAAUUCCUACGGAAAAAGGAGGGUGAGGUUGUUACAAGUAUCGGAUUCUUAAACGGUGCUCCAACAAUUAGUGUGCAUGGAUUUAAUAUCUACCAUAGGAAUCGCCUUAUAUUGCCUUUCCAUCGAGUGUUGAGUUCUGCAAGCAGUAAAGGUAGAGGCGUUGCUGGGGUGCUGGAGGCGAACUUUAUCAAGCCCACUCAUGACAAGCAAGACUUUGAGAAGUCGCAGCUGUAUCAGAAGCUGAUCAUUCGCUUGAAAGACAUGACAACUGAGUACUGGGAUUUACAUAGUCACCUGAUUGGAUACCAAAAGAAGCCCCGUGCAUCCGUUUCUCCCACCCCUCCUGGAAUGCUUACAGCAUCAGACACCAUUGCUGAACCGUCCGAGAGGAACGCAGUCGGUGCCGGUCUCUCGGUUGCACCCUGGAGAGGCGGCACCCGCGAUCACCCCGCGAGUGCUAUUCCGAUCGCCUUUGCUCCUCCGCAUCUGUCUGUUCCUGCCGGAACCAGCGGGCACGCACCUUGCUCCAUGCUAGCUGCGCAGAUGGUGCCUGCCACUGAUUCAGCGGAGACAAGAAAAAGGAGAAACGAGGAUGAUGUCCAGAUGGAUCCGUGCAAGAGGCAGGCCAUACAGAGUUUGGAGGUCGAUAAUCAGAUUUGCCAACACAUGACCGAACGGGGUCUGAAUGAGUUCGAGCACUUGAAGUUUGAGAAUCAGCAGCUCCAUGAAGAGUGCUUGGAGCUGGAGGUGGCUGAGAAGGAGCUUUUACUCAAGGAGCAACAGUUAAGGCUCCAAAUUCAGCAGGCGGAGGCGCAAUACAAGAGUUUACUGAACGAGUACAUUUCCGCCACUCCCGUGAGGACGCGAAUGCCGUAG